AUGAAAGUCACUCUCCAAGGACCCAAUGAUUGGUUUGACUACACGAGAGAAUUCUUGAAUACUUGUGAACAAGCUGCCAAAGGCUCAACAGGCAACAUGCUUUCUAAAGUUCCCGAAAAAUGGCCCUAUGGAAAAACAGAUUACUACGUUAGUAUUUUCGGUUAUUGCAGAAAGUCUGAAGGUUCCAAGCCAGUCUGUCAUAGGACACUGGCACAGUAUCCAUUCGAAGUCAUCAUGCGUGAUAUUGGGUCAGUUAUUGCCGAACAGACAUUGGAGAGGAAGCUGGAGAUAAAGAAAACCGCUGAAAACUGGAAAGACCAAAGUAUUCUCGCUUUAAACCAGGCCAUAAGGGCGUCACUGUCUGGCGAAGUAAACAAAUAUGACAAGUUUAAACUUAAAUGUACCGUUGACUCGCCAGAUACCUGGUACGACUAUGCCAGAUCUGUAUUGGAAGCUUUCGAAGAGAUUUCUCCAGGCUGUACAGACAACAUGGCCGCAUCCAUUCCAAAGACCUGGUCUCGGGGCAGAACUGUGUACUUUUGCACUGCUUGGGGGUUUAUAAAAGCUGACUCUACAUCUUCUUUAAGCAAACUUGGCAAUCUUGAAAUAGCUCCACUUCGUCUAAUCAUACACGAUAUCAUAUCGAUGAUGUUGGAGGACCAAGUGCCUGGGAAGCAAAAGAGUCAGUACUAUGCCUCGUCGUGGAUCAGGCAAUUUAACGAAGCUUAUUACAAAUGUGAAAAUGUCCUCGAUGAAUUUAGAAAAAGGAACUUGAGGAAUUUGAACGAGGGGGAAGAUAUAGAUGGGAAUGCUAUUGAAGUAUUCACAACUCUUGAAACUAAAAUAGGUUAUGACGAAGUGAUAUUUCCCUAUCUUUUAGUACUGCUUGGCUCGCUAUUCGGUAGCUGCUUGUUGUUUUUGGUGCCUUUAUGUUAUUACUUUAUGAAUGUGUUAUCGUGUAUGCUAACUCUCCUCUUUUUGGCUGUGUUGUAUACGGGCAAUCGGAAGUUACCUGCUUCCAAAAUUGGGCUUCUUAACAUGACAAAAGAUAAAAACAAUUUCGGCUUUCUUCUUGUUUGCAUAGCUUAUUUCCAGGUCCUUGCCAACGCUAUAAAGAUUUAUCGUCUGUACCACGAAGACAAUUCUUGUUGA